UUUGGACAUAUAUACUUCCGAGCUCGGAGUUUCAUGCAGUAAGUAACAAAAAUGGAGAAGAGAUGUUCCACUGUUCUACUACUUGGCUUGGUCCUGCUGUUCUCCAACGCAAUUGUUGAGGUCAAAGCAAGCCAGAACAAAAUUGCGUUAUCUCGCAAAGGUCUGAAAGAAGAACGCAAACUUGCAGCUGCCACUGGGACGGCUCCAUCACUUGGCAGUUUGCAAGGACAAUCGACAACUAGCACGCCCAAUGGAGGUGUUAGCAAUAACAGUGCUGAUAGCACAAACGCUGACACUGGAGACUCUUCUUCAGCCUACACGCCAAUGGGUACUGCCACUUCCACAGACUCUCACCAUGACAUGUCAGUUGAUCAGUAUCGAAAGAUCAUCCACAACAACCAGAUGAACAAGCCGUAAUGACGAAACAUCAUACCGAAGGACCAUUGGCAGAAUCUUUGCAAUUCACGAAGAAGCAAAGUAUCAAGCUAUA